GCUGGACCCCAAUCUGAUCGGCGCUGCCUGGGCCAUGUGGGCAAACACGUGGAUCCGGACGGUCGCAGCUUUACUACAGACGUGCGUGUCGCUGUGUUGGCCCUCGUGGUUCCUGCAGGGGGAAGGCAAAGGCGAGUCCGCCUGCGCGUGAGCAAGUCCUUAGUCCAGCCCAGGGGACCCAGCCAGCAGCACAGGCUAGACCGGCAAGCGGCGCCCGGGCUCUCCCGGCCCCGGCAGCUUUGCGUGCAGCGCCCCCGGCCGGCGCAGCCAUGCUGCAGUGUGCCAGGCGGCGGCUGAGCCUGCAAGCGCUGGGAAGGGAGAGGCGGGCGCUGCCCGCGCGAGAGGGCCCGGGGAAGCCCGGGUUGGUGCCGCCGUGCGGGAGGAGGCGGGCGAGCUGGUGCCGGGCGCUGCUGGGCAGGGGAGUGUUUGAGGCUGGCGAGCGCUUAGGGGCCCCGCGCACCCGGGAGCAGGGUGCGCCUCCCCUGCCUUCCGCCCAGCGCCUCCGGGCGCUCCGAGCGCUGUGUUCCGGCUCGCCCCGGGAUGGAGCUGGGCCCGAGUCGGAAGAGCAGGUCACUGCCGCUGCAUCGCCUGUAGCCGACUCCGCCCCGGCGGCUGCAUCGCAGGCGGACCCGGGUCAGCUGCUGAGGAGCCGGAGGAGGCGAGCCUGGGAAAGGGCCCUGUCGCCUCUGGAAAGGGUGAGCCGGCUGAUACCCGAGGAGUUGCUCUCGGAAGAGCUCAGGGCCAUACGGCGCGCAGACCAGGGGGGAACAAGGCAGGAGGACAGCAGUGAAAACGGCGACUCUCACCUUCUGCAGCUGCCUGCUGCCGGUAGGGCUCCCCCCGCACAGCUGCAGAGGGAUGAAGACAAGACGCCUGUUGACACCCAUAACACAUCGGCUAAAGAUGUGCCUUUCCAAGCUGGGGACUUGAUUUUAGCAGAGUUUCGCAGAAAAACCUACGCGGAGUUUAAACAUAUGCGUAACCUGACAGCUGUCGGGAAAUUGAAUAGCAGUUGGGGAGUUAUUAGCCACCUGGAGAUAAUAGGCAAGCUACCGGGUCAAAUGUUUAGGACUUCUAGCGGGUUUCAGUUCCUGAUAAGGAGACCAGCCUUAGAAGAUUUUGUGCUUUUGAUGAAGAGAGGACCUACUAUUUCAUAUCCAAAGGAUAUUAAUGCAAUGCUGAUGAUGAUGGAUAUCAACCAAGGAGACACUGUGGUGGAAACUGGUACUGGGUCUGGUGGAAUGAGCUUGUUUCUAUCAAGAGCAGUUGGGCCUCGAGGACGUGUUAUAAGUUAUGAAAUCAGAAAAGAUCACCAUGCUGUAGCCAAGAAGAAUUACAGGCGCUGGCGUGAUGCAUGGGAAAUAGGACAUGCAGAAGAGUGGCCAGAUAACGUGGAUUUCAUUAAUAAAGAUAUUUUAACAGCUGCUGAGGAUAUGAAAGCUAUAACAUUUGAUGCAGUAGCUUUGGAUAUGCUUAACCCUCAGAUUGCUUUGCCUGUUGUGUAUCCAAAUCUUAAGCAGGGUGGUGUAUGUGCUGUAUACCUAGCAAAUAUCACACAGGUUAUCGAUCUGUUGGAAGGAAUACGGACCUGCCAUCUCUCUCUUUCAUGUGAAAGGAUCAUUGAGGUGACUCACAGAGAUUGGUUGGUACACCCUGCUAAGCAGAAGGAUGGUAGGUUUGCCUCAAGAGUGGAACCUAAACAAAUUGUAGAUGAGGAACUUCAGCCAAAAGAAGGUGAAGAGCUUCCUAUUCGGGAUCAAUCAGUAGUUGGAGAAAGUGACGAUGUUGAAUCACUUUCUGAUUAUGUCGAACCAUAUGGUUCACUGCCGUACAUUGCUAGACCUUACCCUUGGCAAACUGGUCACACAGCAUUUCUCAUCAAGCUGAGGAAAUAUAAAGUGGCAUAUCCAGACACUGCUCCAGAUGGCAGCUGCUAAUUUGAGUACUGUACUUUGCCAGAAUAAAAUUAAAUGUUGUAAAUGGC